AUGUUGGUGAGGCGUUUCUCAGUUAAAUCGCCGGUGAAUUGGGCUCUUCCCUCAACCGUCGUCCCGCACCGCCUCUUGAGCUCCAACCAAAACGACGACGUGCAGAAAGUCUUCGGCAUACUGAGCAGCACCUCCACGGCGGAACAGUUGAAAGAAUCCCUCAAAUCAAGCGGUGUUUUUCUCUCCAAUGACUUAAUCGAUCAAGUCCUCAAGAGGGUUCGCUUCAGCCACGGCAACCCCUCCCAAACCCUUGAGUUUUUCCGUUAUACUGGAAGAAGGAAAGGGUUUUACCACACUGCCUUUUCCCUUGACACCAUGCUCUACAUUCUCGGGAGAAGCCGCAUGUUCAGCCACAUUUGGGACCUCUUAAUCGAAUCCCGUCGGAAAGACCAAACGGCCAUAACGGCUCGCACCGUUAUGGUCGUGUUGGGCAGAAUCGCCAAAGUGUGUUCCGUUAGACAAACGGUGGAAUCGUUUAGGAAGUUCCGGAAGCUGGUGCAUGAGUUUGAUACUGAUUGUUUCAAUGCUCUGUUGAGAACGUUGUGUCAGGAGAAAAGCAUGACGGAUGGUAGAAACGUUUACCAUAGUUUGAAGCAUCGUUUUCGUCCUAAUUUGCAGACUUUUAACAUUCUUCUUUCGGGGUGGAAGACACCUGAGGAUGCUGAGGGGUUCUUCAAGGAGAUGAAGGAAAUGGGAGUGACACCUGAUGUUGUUACGUACAAUAGUUUGGUCGAUGUUUACUGCAAGGGGAGGGAAAUUGAGAAGGCUUAUAAGGUGCUUGAUGAAAUGCGUGACCGGGAUCUGUCGCCGGAUGUGAUCACGUAUACAUGUAUCAUUGGUGGGUUGGGGUUGAUUGGACAGCCUGAUAAAGCUAGGGGUGUUUUGAAGGAGAUGAAGGAGUAUGGGUGUUACCCUGAUGUUGCAGCCUACAAUGCUGCCAUCAGGAAUUUCUGUAUUGCAAAGAGGCUUGGUGAUUCUUAUGCUUUGAUGGAGGAGAUGGUGAGCAAGGGUUUAAGUCCGAAUGCAACUACUUACAAUUUGUUCUUUAGGGUAUUUUACUGGUCCAAUGAUUUACAGAGCUCUUGGAGCAUGUACAAGAGGAUGAUGGUUGAGGGGUGUCUUCUGAAUACGCAAUCUUGUAUGUUCUUGAUAAGGUUGUUUAGGAAGCAUGAGAAGGUGGAGAUGGCGCUGCAGCUAUGGGGGGACAUGGUAGAGAAGGGUUUUGGGUCGUAUACCUUGGUUUCUGAUGUGCUGUUUGACUUGCUUUGUGAUAUGGGGAAGUUGGAGGAAGCAGAAAAGUGUUUCUUUGAGAUGGUUGAGAAGGGGCAGAAACCGAGUAAUGUGUCAUUUAGGAGAAUCAAGGUUCUCAUGGAACUAGCGAAUAGACAUGAGGCCCUUGAGAGCUUGACGCAGAAAAUGGCCAUGUUUGGGCGACCACUCCAAUUGCAUCGAAGUUGUCCAAGGAUCUUGCAGAAUAUAACUGUUUGGAAGUGGUAA